ACUGUAAAGCAUUCUGUGUCCUCCGUCAAUGCAAUGACGGCAAUUAAUAGGCUUCGAUAAUUAACGCCUGGACCCUUCGGGUCCGUAGAAGGUACUCUGCAAGGUUCUCAAGUAAAUCUGAAUUCUUGCGGAUGAACGAGGGGCUAUGCAUCCCAUUGGCAACAGGUCUCUUGUCAGUGGCUUCGCUGGUUAAAAAUGAAGGAACUCGGCACGGCACGGUUGAAGCGUCUGCGGCCGAAACGGAUUUCAAUCGUCCACGUGACUAGAAAUCGCUCUUUCCAAGCUUCCAUCAUCUAUAAAGCAAAGCUGGCGCCGUCAUAGCCCUCACACGACUAUCAUUUAUCCUUUAACUCUAUCGCUGCCAUGCUUCGAGUCCCUGCACGUAGUUGCAUUCGGGCUUUUGCUACAGAAAGCGUGCCGACAGCGUCGAACAACCUUCCCCCGCCUUCCCCGCCGCCUCGUCGUCGUCGACAAACGAGGCUUCAUCCUGCUCCCCGCCCAUACGAACCGUCAUCCCCGCUCUCACGACCCCAAUUGCCGCCCAGUUUCGGCAAGAACCAGCUUCUUCCCGUCAGUAACUCGACCCGUGCUCUUUUAGAAAGUGUCGUUGCCGAAUUUGAAGCUCCCAUCCGCUACGCAUUCGCCUAUGGCAGCGGCGUAUUCGAACAAGAUGGAUACGACACGACCGCAGAACCUGGCAAAGGUGGACCCGUUCUCGAUUUCAUGUUUGCCGUCACCCAUCCGAGCCAUUUCCACUCCAUCAAUAUGCAUCAAUUCCCGUCGCAUUACCCGCUCAGCGCAAGGAUGUUCGGUAGUGACUAUGUCUCUACUGUACAAUCUACCGGCGGUGCAGGAGUGUGGUUCAAUGCCUAUGUACCUAUGCCGAAUCAGGGGGUGACGAUCAAGUACGGUGUGACCACAGUCGACAACCUCUGUGAUGACCUACUCAACUGGCGCACCCUUUAUCUCGCGGGACGUAUGCAUAAGCCUCUCCGGAUAAUCAAGGAUGACGCGCGGGUACGGUUGACACAACAAGUCAACCUCGUCAGUGCCCUACGAUCAGCACUCCUUCUCCUUCCCGAAGAAUUCUCGGAACGAGAACUAUUUGAGAAGAUAGCUGGAAUCAGUUAUUCUGGGGAUCCACGGAUGGUGUUGCCGGCGGAGAACAGGGGGAAGGUGGGGAACAUUGUGCGGAAACAGGAGGCCCAGUUCAAAGAACUAUAUGGACGGCUUGUGGGUGGGUUACCUGAUGUGGAUUGGUCAAGCGAGGCCGGAAGGCUAAAACAAGACCUUUCACCCCUAGCUAGGGAGAAACAUCUCCGUAAGCUACCGAGGGUUUUGCUAGAGGCCUUAAGGACCCGGCAUAUGGCUCAGAACGAAGAAGAGGAACGCUUUUGGAUCCGCCUGGCUGCGGAUAAGAGGCUGGAUACCUUAUUAGAGGGUGAGAUGAAACGUAUCGUCCGUCUGCCUGCAACGAUCCAGAGCGCCAAAGGUCUCGUCAGCGCCGGUAUAGGGAAGAGUGUCCGGUAUAGCCUAGCGAAGGUUGGCAAGUGGUGGCGAGGCUAGAUACAUAGACUAUUCGCACAGGAUAUAGUGCACUACCCUACUCGGUCAUUACAAUACGUACGGAAGGCUAGUAAGAAUUAAUAAAAAAGCAGAAGUGUAAUCACACGAGGGAUUUUAGUGUCGACUAUUUUCCAAUGCUGCUGCUACUCUUACUUGAUAUUGACCUUACUUCGAGAUCGAAUGCGUCUAUAUGAACGAGUAAAGAAAUAUAUAAGGGCAGGUCUAAGUGGUGAAUAUAUUCCUACAUAGAUCCCAACGAUAGACAAUAGUUUACACAAGCCGACGUACAAGAAGAUCCUAAUAUAACAG